AUGUCAUCAUCAAUCUUCGACUUAACUCUUAACAACACAAUAGACCUAACCGCCGAUACUUCAACUGACUUUUUGGAUAGUUUUGCUAUUCCCUUCACGCCUACAUGGGAUAAAAGACUAAAACAUACCAAUAACAACAACAUUCCACUAAACUCCUUCUUACAAAAUCCUCCAUACUACAGGAAUUCAAAAGAAAAAGACCCAAAACCAACGAAAGAUUUGGUAAAAGACGCAGUUGACUCAAUUUUUGACUCAAUUUUCGAUCUAGAGGAUGAUAUCUCCGAUUCUUUGACUUAUAAAAUAUUGAUUCUUUUAAUUUCUAAUGAUUUUAAAUUUUCCACAAAUUUUCAGAUAAGACUCCCAUUUUCCUGGAACAACAAACUAUUUAAUAGUAAUAAUAACAACAAAAACAAAAACAAUAAAAAACCUAAAUUAAACUAUCUCACAGAAAAAGACUUGUUUAUGCCAAUAGACUUCUCUAAUCUUGAUUACAAUAAUAAUGUUAAUAAUAAUGUUAAUAACAAUGUUAAUAAUAAUGUUAAUAAUAAUAUUAAUAAUAAAUUAGAUUCAAUAAUUUUAAAUGAUAUUUUUCUUUAUGAAAAUAAUUCAUUUAUAAUUUCAGUUUUACCAUCAUUUAUUGAGAUAUUUUUGAAUUUUAACUCUGAUUAUAGAAUUUACAAUCCAAGAUUAAAUUCAAAAAAUCUAAUUUUAAAUAAUAUUAAUGAUAAUUUUAAUUUUAAUUUUAAUUUUAAAAUAAUCAAAUACCAUAACUUAAUUUUGCACACAAAUUCUAUUCUGUUUAAUAAAGAUUUAAUUAAACAGUCAAAGAUAAAUCUGCCAGUAACUUCUUCAAUAAAUUCUUCGAUAAAUUUGCUAAUUGAACCAAAUUAUUUGGACUCCUCAAAUUUAAACAAAAUUCAUAACAACGAAUUUUUAAUCAAUAAAAACACCAUCCGAGAAGAUGCCUCGGUUAUAAUGUCAAGUGAAAAAAAUGAUAAAUUACAAAAAACGCAAAAAUUGAAAAACACAAAAAAAAUAAAAAAAUUGCAAAAAUUGAAAAAAAUUGGAGAAAUUACAAAAUUUACACGAAACAAAAGCAAUCAUGAAAACCCAAAUCAUGAAAAAUAUGAAAAUUAUGAAAAUCACAUAAAUUACCAAAAAACUUCACAAAAUGCACAAAAGUUAAAAUUUGUAGUAAACAGAAGUAAAAAACUUGAAUAUUAUUUAAAAUUAAAUAUUCAAGAAAUUCAUAAUCAAGAGGGCAUGAAUUUGUUUCAAACAUUGAUUGAUCUUCCUAAUGUUUUGAGAAAGUUAAUUGUUGAAUUUAAUAAAGAAAUUGAAGAAAUUAAAUUUAAUAAAGAUAACAAUUUAAGCGAUAACAAAUACGAAGAAAUAUACUUUAAGAAAAACAAUAAAUUAAAUAAAAAAAUUAGUUUUGAAUUUAAAACAGUUUUACAAAACUACAUUGAAUGGCUUUUAAAAGCCUCAUAUGUUAUAGAAAAUGUUAAGUUUCCAAUAGAGUUGGACUUAAAAAAAAUAAUGAACAAUUAUUUAAAUAACUAUUUAAUAAUAUGUUCACAAGAUGAGAUAAUUGAUAACUUUAAAAGCGAUUUUGAUGAUGAUAAUUGCAAGAGGAAAAGGAAAGAGAAAAAAAAUUGUAAAAAAAGAAAAAGCAAGCAGAAAAGUGGACAUAACUAUUAUAAAGGGCCAUCAUCCAAAUCCGUUGACCAUUUGAUUAGUAAAAUAAUUAGCAAAUUAUUAACAAUUGAUCAUACUAAAAAUUUAUCAGAACUUAGGUUUGGAAUAAUAAUUUGUGGGCCAAUUAUUAGUUUAUGCUUAUUCAAUUCAAAAUAUUUGAGUUUCAAAUAUUCAACUAGCUGUUCCAAUCCAGAUUUAAUUUCAGAUACAAAUGCAAACUUCCCCAUGAUUAAUGAUGAAAAAGCAUUUCAUGAACAAAGCAUUGAUAAUUCGCUGAUUGAGAGUCAAACACCAAGUGAUUUCUUCUCAAAAAGAAAGAAAAAGUCUUCUGUUUUAUUAAACUAUAAUCCCCAUGAUCUUUUAAGACCUUUGAUCAGCAUUAACUUACUUAAGAAAGUUUCUGGAUACAACCAGAAAAGCGAUUUUGUGUUGGAUGCAAAUUCACAAUUACGAAAAAACCAGGAAAAGGGCAAGAAUUGUAGAGGGAAAAUGGUCAAUCGCAGAAUAUUUGAGGAAGCGGAUAAUGGCGGUGAUUUAGAUAAUAGCGAUAGUCUAAACAAUUUCAUUAAGAUCGUUUUUUUUAUUGAAUGCUCCAGAAAGAUAUUUUUCAACGACAUGGAGUCUGGGAAGUAA